AUGAAGAUCACGUCCAGGGCGUUCGAGCGCGACGCCAAAGGAUGGAUCAAGGUCAUCCCGGAGAACCCCGAUGAUAUCUGGCACGUGUACAAUUUAAUAUCCGUCGACGACGACGUGGAGUGCACGACGACGCGGAAGAUCAAGGGUCUCGAGGGUGAGCGCGUUCGGGACUCGAGCGCGAAGACAAAACGGAUUACACUGAGAGUACGAUGCGAGGACGUCGAGUACGACGCGGAAGGGUCGACGAUUCGAAUAAAAGGGCGAAAUCAGACGGAAUGUGAGGAGGUCAAGCUGAACGCGUAUCACACGCUGGAGAUUGCGAUCGGACGCGGUGUGAAGAUUGAGAAAUCAGAGUGGGACGCGGUGGACGUGCGGCGAUUGGAGGAGGCGGCGGAUCCGUCCACGACCGCCGAUCUCGCGGCGGUGCUUAUUGUAGAGGGACAGGCGAAUGUUGUUUUAGUAAGUCCGACGCGGACGAUCGUGAAGGGACGGAUCGAGGCGUCGAUGCCGAGGAAACGGGGGAUGGCGCUCAUGGGAUACGAAAAGGCGGAGACGAAAUUUUUCAACAACGUCGCGGCGGUGGUGGAAAGACACGUAGACUUCGACAGGGUAAAGUGCCUCGUGAUUGCAGGCCCGGGUUUUGCGAAGGAUACAUUUUACGAUUUUUUAAAGCUCGAGGCGGUGCGAAGAAACUGGAAGACCCUGCAGACGAAUUUCAAUCGAAUUGUGAAGGCGCACUCGUCAAGCGCGUACGUUCACUCCCUGAGCGAGGUAUUGGAGAACCCGACUGUUCGGGCGUUGAUUGCGGACACAAAGGCGGCGAGCGAGGUGAAGGCUCUCGACGAUUUCUUCGAAAUGCUCGCCAACGAUCCCGCGAGGGCGUUUUACGGUCCUGCACACGUCAUGGCGGCGCACGAGUUACAAGCCAUCGAUAAGCUUUUGAUCACCGACGGCACGUUUCGAACAAAAAACGUAGCGCAUAGGAAGAUGUGGGUCCGAGUCACCGAGGAGAUCGCGAAAUCCGGCGGUGUGACGCACGUGUUUUCCUCUGCGCAUGCGAGCGGCGAGCAGCUCGAACAACUCACCGGUGUCGCGGCACUUCUCAAGUUUCCUUUGCCGGACCUCGCCGACGCCGAGUUAGCACCCUUGUAA